AUGCAGUCGACUUCAUUUCGACUGAGCAAAGAGCUCCUUAAUCAAGCCAGGAACCGUCUACUUGAGUUCCAAGAGGAAAAAAUGGAAGCGAACGAGGAUAUGAAGCCAAUCAUUAUCAAGGAAAAUGUUCUCGCGAAGCCUACAUCAAUUAUUGCAGAACUGAGCGAAAGCUUCCUGUUAGCAUUCGUUUGGUCGAUGGGAAAAAUUAUAGCUUACGAAGUACCUCUCACAUCACAUGGAGCAGUAGCAGGCAGAAUUGCACUCUUAAUAUACCAUAUCCAACUCUGGUUGUUGAAGUUGGCAACAGCAAGACAACCCUUAGUUUACAUGAUCUUUCGACAGGCUACUUUUCUAACAAAUACGACCCAUCAAAUUUAUCUUGCGAUCAAAUUAUUUUUCCAUGCGUCAGAAUGGUACGAGGGCAAUGCUCGCAUUGCGCUACCUACAAGAAUUUCUUACGAAUAUCAAUUUGAUAACAUCACUAAUGUUGGGUUUUCAACAACUGAAUGCAACGCCCCUGGUAUUCCGAAUUAUCAAUUGCAUAUUCCUGCCGUUGAACUUUUUAAUGGUGCCUCUGUUGGCAUCCCUGAUGCGGCAGUUUAUGGGUUUUAUUUAGAUUUAUGGAAUUACAAAAUUUAG